AUGUCCUACAAUAAUAACUAUCAUCGGGAUAGACAAUAUAAUAACGGAGGAGGUUCGUAUCGUAAUGAUAAUAGAGGAGGAUCGAAUAAUUAUCAGGGUAGUAAUAAUAGCAGAGGAGGAGGAGGAGGAAAUUAUUCAUCAUACAAUUCUCACCAAGCAUCAGCUUCAUCUUCUCAUAUUCUUCCACCAUCAUCAAAUCAGAAAAAGACUAAAAUUAUUCAUGUCGAUCCAUCAGUUGUACAAAAAACAAAACCAUCUGUAAAUACAAGCGUUCAAGAAAUUAUUCAAAGAAGACAAUUAAAGUAUCCAAUAUCUAGUGUGAAUAUUAGUGUUGGUAAAUCACCUGUAGAAUUGCCAACUGGUGAAUUUCCUAAUCCAUUGGAACAUCCAUCUAUAUUAAUUGAUACAAAAACAGGUAUUGCAAUUGAAGAUUUGAGUGCAGAUACUGAAAAUGAUUAUAUUAAAAAGUUACUGGAAAGUUGUGGACCUUACGCAAGUUGGAAACGGUUGAAAGACACAAAUACAAAUAGAUGGAAAACUUUUGGAUUUUGUGAAUAUCAAUCAUGUGCAUCAGCUAUUCGUGCAAUGAAACUUUUGAACGGAUUGGAAAUUGAACCUGGAGUGUUUAUUAAAGUAAAAUGUGGUAAAAAAACCCAAACAUUUAUGGAUCAAUAUCAACAGAAAAAACUAGAAUUAUGGUCUAAAAGGUUGAAGGAAAAGGAAGAACAAUUAUCAAACUUUGAUGGUGGACAAGAAUUAACACCAGAACAAAAACAAUUACUUGCACAACUUGAACAGCAAAUGGGCUCUGCUAAUGCACCUGUAGAAAUUAGAGAUAAGGAUAAAGUUGAACUUGAAAAGUUUGAAACAGCUCUCGACCAAAUCUCACAAGUAAUUAUCAAAGAUUUGGUUGGUGAGAGAAUGAAUGUGGAAAAUGAAAAUAGAUCCAGAGAAUCGAUCAGUCAGCAACUUGCUGUCUCUAACACUGUUCAAAAGAUUGCAGAGUCUGGUGUCAGUAACGAAGAAACAGAGGCUACCAAAAAUGUAAUUUAUGAUGAAAUUCGUCGAUUCAGAGAUAAUGAAAGACUGAAGGAAGAAGAAACCAAACAAAUUGAAAAGAGAAGCAGAGAAAAGAUUUAUAAGGAGAAGAGACUUAAACAAUCCAAACAAUUGGAAAGGGAGAGAAGAAGAAGAUUGAGAUGGGAAAAAGAGAAUGAACAAGACAAGAGACAACGAGAAAUUACCAUCAGAAAUAUUGAAGAAUUCGAAAGAAGAAGGGAAAGAAAGUAUGGAGGUAUUGAUGGAACAGGUCAAGAUUAUGAUACAAGUGAUGACGAGAUGGAUAUCACAGAAAAGAAAAAGAUCCAAAUCGAAUUGCAAGAAAGAUCUUCAAAUUUACCAAGUCAAACAGCUAAUGUCUCUAUUGGAUACUCUGAGGAAGACGAACAAGAAGCAUGGAGUGGAAGAAAGAAGAAGAAAUUAUCAGCCAUUGAGGAAAUUGAAAGAUCCAAACAACAAAGUGAAUAUUUGGAUUUGGAAAAUAUUUACAAAUCUCUUCCAGUAUCAACGGCUGAUAUAUUUGCCUUUGCAAUUGAUUGGAAUAUUGUUGAUAAGUAUCAUCUCUGGCAAAGUUUAACCAAAUUUGUUGAUGAAGGUGUUAUCAACUUGACAGGUGAUUCUGAAGAAAGUUUAAGUCAAUUUAUUUUGGGUAAGAUUGAAACUCACUCUCCACCUCAGGAAGUAAUUGAUGACUUGCUUGAAAUCUUUGAUGACCAGACUGAACAAUUUGUAGUAGGGUUAUGGAGAAAGCUCUUAGUGGAAAUGAUAAGAAAACAACGUGAAGAAGAAAUCAAUAAUCAAGAAAUUAAUGAAUAA